CGAGGGAUUCCCUGGGAUCUGCAUCCACCCGCAUGUCACCGCUUUCUUCUCAAGGAAAGGAGCGGACCUAUCAGUCAGAAAUAAAAUAGCCUGAUCCAGACGACAAGAAAAUGUUUGCUCUCAUGAGGCCGUGAUAGAGGGCUAUGCAACGUCUCACUUCAUCCGGAAACAAAAUCCAGACUCUGGACCAAAUUAUUGCAGCGAGGACAAAGUGAUAAAGAUCGCGCCCGGGCCAACUGCAGCUGCGCACAGUCGCAUUUCCGUCUCCGCCCCCGAAAUCCUGCUGAACAAUCUGUCAUGGCGGCCGGGGCGUUAGGUUUGUGCACUCGCCGCCUUUUGGCAGCAGCAGCGAUGCGAAGGCUUCUGGCUGCCCGUGUUCGCUGGGAAUCCAGCUCGUCCAGGUCUGUGAUCGUCCCGUCCGCUGUGGCGGAAAAGCGGACACCGGGACCGAAAAUACGCUGGCAGGAAGACCCGGAUCUGGAGGACGAGAACCUCUAUGAGAAGAAUCCAGACUCCCACGGUUAUGACAAGGACCCUGUUGUGGACCUCUGGAACAUGCGGGUUGUCUUCUUCUUUGGCUUCUCCAUCGUCUUGGUCCUUGGCAGCACCUUUGUGGCUUAUCUGCCUGACUACAGGAUGCACGAGUGGGCCCGCCGGGAAGCUGAGAGGCUUGUGAAAUACCGAGAGGCCAAUGGCCUCCCCAUCAUGGAAUCCAACUGCUUUGACCCUAGCAAGAUCAAGCUGCCAGGGGAUGAAGACUGACCGGUUUCUGAGUGGAGCUCAAGAAGCACCAUCUUUUCCACACCCUCCCCGCCAUUCUCUCCUCUCCUCAGAGCACCUAAUUAAAAGGACUGAAAGUC